AAUGAAACCCUCAUACCCAUUUUAUCAGUAACAUUACCAACUUCCCUUUUCCCACACUAUAUAAAGUCAUACAUUUCCCUUUUUCCAACACUUCACCACAAGGCUUCAUUUUUGUUACUAGAAUGGAAGGUCAGAGAAAGGGUAGUUUCAAUGUAAUGGAAGGGAGUGAGGCCAAUGGCAAAAGAUGGUGUGGAUCAGUAGUGAGAACUUGUGAUUUGGUUUUGAGACUUUUGGCCUUUCUACUCACUCUUGUGGCUGCUGUUGUCAUUGGGGCAGAUAAACAAACAGCUGUUGUGCCAAUUAAACUUGUGGAAUCCAUGCCACCUUUGUAUGUUCCUGUUGCUGCUAAGUGGCAUUAUUUGUCUGCAUUUGUGUACUUUGUGGGGGCAAAUGCAAUGGCAUGUACAUAUGCAACAUUGUCUCUGUUGUUGAGUCUUGGAAAGAGGCGUAAAUGGAUGGAGACAGUGAUCACUGUGUUGGACACAUUAAUGGUGGCUUUGCUCUUCUCUAGCAAUGGAGCUGCCAUUGCAGUUGGCCUACUUGGCUUGCAAGGAAAUUCACAUGUUCAUUGGAACAAAGUGUGCAAUAUGUUUGGAAAAUUUUGUGACCAAGUUGCUGCUUCUCUUUUUAUAUCAUUGCUUGGAUCAAUAACAUUCCUCUUGCUGCUUCUGCUUCCUCAACUUUUCAGACUUAAACAAACAACCUAGUUAAGGUGUCUUGGGGCGGCCUUUGCUAAAUCAAUAAGUUUGGUUAAUUACUUUAUCAUAUAUUCCAUGAGUGAGAAUUAAUGUUAGUGUGAUUUCAUUGUAAUGUGUCUUAGAAACUUAUUUAAGAAUGUUUGAUGGGUUCGUAUCAUAGCUUAUUAAUGCAUGUUCGCAAAAACCUUCUCAACUUUCUGUGUUUGUCAUUUCAUUAUAUUAAAAAUCCAUUUUUACUUUAAGUU